UGGAAAGGACCAUGGCCAACAGUGAACACACCUUCGUUGCCAUCAAGCCUGAUGGAGUCCAGCGCAACCUUGUGGGAGAGACCAUCAAGCAUUUCGAGCAAAAGGGAUUCUGCCUCAUUGCUAUGAAAUUAAUCCAGGCUUCUGAAGACUUUCUCAAGGAGCACUAUAUUGACCUGAAGGACCAUCCAUUCUUUGCCAGCCUGGUGAAGUACAUGCAGUCAGGGCCUGUGGUUGCCAUGGUGCGGAAGGGCCUGAAUGUGGUGAAGACAGGCCAAGUGAUGCUCAGAGAGACCAACUCUGCAGAUUCCAAACCUGGGACCAUCCAUGGGGACUUUUGCAUCCAAGUUGGCAGGAACAUUAUCCAUGGCAGCGAUUCUGUGGAGAGUGCAGAGAAGGAGAUUGACUUGUGGUUCCAGCCUGAAGAGCGGGUGGAUUACAAGAGCUGUGCUCAGAACUGGAUUUAUGAGUGCCAAGUGAUGAGGGAGCAGACCUCAGUGCUCUGCCUGUUCCAUUCCCUCUCCUACCCAUGA